AUGAUCCUGGUGGCUCUGCUGGUGCCUCUACUGGUUCUGUCCAGCGCUGGACGUCCCUCAGAUACGAUUGUCACCAGCUGCGAGGCGUGUCACGAACAAGCCGUCUGCCACACCUCGCCCAUGGCAGGUGACAUCACAUGCACCUGUAAGAAGGGCUUCUCCGGAGACGGCCUCAUCUGUUUACCUGGCCACACCGCCACCGCCGACCACCACCACGCCCCUCGCCGUGUCCGCCGCUCCUACCCCACCUCCAACACCAACCUUGCCCAUGUCCGGUUCAGCUGCGGCUUCAACGAGUGCGCCGACGGGGAGGACUAUCUACACGGUCCUGAACGACGCCUGGCGUUCCACCAACAACCACGGGGCAACAGGCACUGCGACCGCAACGUCCGCUGGGACGGCUAUUACCGCAUGUUCAUCGGCAACCAGAGCGUGUCCAUGCCGGACAAGUGCGUGGAUUCCUUCCAGUGCGGCACCCAGGCUCCCUUGUGGCUGGCGUUUCCUCCCCCCCAGCAGGUGGAUGAAAUUGUCCAGAGUGCAGUCUGCGCCAGCUUCAAUGGGGACUGCUGCUGGGUGCAGUCUCAGCCCAUCCACGUCAAGGCAUGCCCUGGGAACUACUUUGUGUACAAGUUCGUCAUGCCUCCCGGGUGCUACUUCGCCUAUUGUGCAUAUGUGUCAGCUCCCACCACAACACCAAAACCAGUCACAUCUACAGAAAUGCCAGUAGAGAACAAUCGCACCACAACAACAACACAGUCACAGGUUGCCACGACUACGCCAAAAGCAAUGUGUGGUACCUGCAGAGCGGGGGAGACCUGCGUGAGCACCGAUGGGGUCACUUGGCGGUGUGAGAGGCCAGAUCAGCCUGUUUUGCUGCACCCAGAGGUAGUAUGUGGGCGGAGCCUGGUACAGGUGGGUCUCAACAGGACUAACCUGGAGGCCGCUGGUCUGGACGCCACCACCGCUAACCUGGCCGACCCCCGGUGUAACGCUCACGAAGAGCGUGGCGGCAUGGUAUGGUACCAGGUGGAGCGCAAGGAGGGCGCCUGCGGAAACACUCUGGUGACAAACGGAACGGACGCCAUCUUUUCCAACAGUUUAUUCAUCUACCACGUCCCCGACGUGUCCUUCAGCCGACCCGUGAGCGUGCCUUUCUCCUGUGCCUACCCUCUGGAAUCAGAGACCAGCCUGGAUGUGGCCAUCAAACCCUACCUGUCGCUGAAGGGUUCCAGAGUCGGUAAGGGCUCCAGAGUGGGCUCCAACAUGACUCUGUACCACAGCGACAACUUCACAAAGGCUUACCCAGCGGGCGGAGUCACCUUGCCGGUGGGUUCCGUGCUGCAUGUGGGCGUGUCCGUAGAGGAGUCCGAGACGGAGCGUUUCGUGGUCGUUCUGGAGGACUGCUAUGCCACGCAAUCCCCCGACCCUAAAGACAUCAUGCGAUACUACAUCAUUCAGAACAAAUGUCCGACUGAACUCCGUCAGGUGAGGGUGGAGGAGAGUGGCUCGUCUCUCAGGGCUCGCUUCUCUGCUCUGCUGUUCCUGUACCAGGGAGACUACCGGGAUGUCUUCCUGCACUGCAGACUCAGCCUGUGUGACCAGAGGAGCUCCUCCUGCACUCCAAUGUGCACCAAAAGGAAAUACCGCUCUGUCACCCCCUCUGUCCCCCUCGAACCCCUCACCAUCGGACCAAUCACCUGGUCCCAAAAUGAAGAUUGAACUUGUCAUGCUUCCUGUAUCCUAAACAAUGAAUCCAGUUAUCUAAAUGAUUAAUGUAAAGUUCAUAAACCUAUCUCACCUAUACAUCAUUUAUGUCCUAAACCAAGCCAGUUCAUAUUUAAUAUCUUACAUACAUCCAGUUAUAAAUAAUGAUCUUUUAAGGAUAUUUUUAUAUUCCUCGUAUUUCUAGAAUGAUUAGUAAAAUAUUUCUAUUUGAACCAACACAAAUUCAUUGUUGAACCUUUAACUAAGGCUUGAGACCAGAAAGUGUAUGUGCUGGUCACUAAUGUUUGUAACUUUAAAAUAAAUGGUCAUCUAGUUGAGAUUAUAGCAACACAAACAUCUCCCUUUUCUAGUUUAAACUGCAGCUAUAAUAUCAUUUCAUCCUAUUGCUCUAAAAUGCAUUGUAUGUGCAGUAAUUUAAUAGUGUUAAUAAAAUAUAAAUGAUAAAUAUA